AUGGAUGCACUAAAGAAGAGUCUUGAUGAGAUGAAAGAAUCCUUCCAGAACCGGAUGAAACAAUUUCAGACAGAUCUACAGUUGGGUAACUCUGGCUCCGCUAGCUCCCCUAAUGGAUUGGCCUCUGACUUUGCAGUCUUCAGGUCAUUUGUGUUGUCCUCCCUCGAGUGCCUCCAAAGUCAAAUGAAUCUUCUUGCGAGCCUAACUGACCAGGUUGAAACCAGAAGCCGCCGUAAGAUAGUUCUUGUGCAUGGUGUUCCCGAGGCAACAAAGGAGGAUACAGCAUCUCUUGUCAUUAACACAUUGUUGAAGCAUAUCUCCAUUCCUGAGCUUGUCCCAGAGACAGUUUCUCAAUGCCACAGAUUGGGUCCAACUAGGUCUAAUAAGCCAAGGCCUAUCUUGGUUAAGUGCCGAGACCUCUCCACCAAGACAAAGUUAUGGCAAAACAAGAAGGUCCUCAAAGGUACUGGUAUCACAGUCUCAGAAUUCCUGACCAAGCCACGCCAUGAUGCCUUUAUGUCGGCUCGGACAAAAUUUGGAAUACAUAAGUGCUGGACUAGGGAUGGGACUGUUUAUGUAUUGGAUUCCGCUGGGGAGCGUCAUAAGGUGUCUAGUGUAGCAGACGUGGAUGCAAUCCCUGGAAGUGACCCCGCCUGUACGGAUUCCUCCUCUACUGGCGAAACAGUCCCAAAGCAAAGACCCAAACGAGUGCUUCGCAAUAAGUAA